UUGUUCUGUCGCAUGUAUGAAUAUCGCCUCGAGGAUUUAUACCGUCUUCAGAAAUAUUAACGUCUUUAUUUUCGUAUGAAAUUGGCAUGGGCAGUUCUACAACUGCAGCUUGUCAAUAGUGGUAAAAAACGUUAUAAUAUUUAAAAUUUGAUUUAAUUUUUAAGGAAACAUAAAAGGAAACUACAUGAUUAAUCAUAGUGUAAAAAUCGUAUAUCAUAAAUUAAGAUGUACAGUUUGUAAAAAAAUGACAAAUCACUGACGCACAUGUUCACUUUAAACACCAUAAGAGAUUGAAAAUGAAAUAUUACAUCUACAUAUUGUAUGUGGCAAUUUCGAACUGGUUCGGUGAAGUUAAAGGACAUGGUCGACUGAUUGAUCCGCCAUCCAGAUCCAGCAUGUGGCGAUAUGGAUAUAACAAUCCACCAAAUUAUAAUGAUAAUCAACUCUAUUGUGGCGGAGCUCAAGUGCAAUAUGAUAUGAACAAUGGUAAGUGCGGAGUGUGUGGAGAUCCCUGGCCAGGACCACGUGACAAUGAAGAAGGCGGGAAAUAUGCAAAUGGAAUAAUUGCAAAAACAUACGAUACAGGAGAAGAAAUUUCAGUAACAGUGGAACUAACUGCAAGCCACAAAGGUUAUUUCCAAUUCAAAUUGUGUCCGAGAAAUGAUCCAAUGCAGAAAACAACCCAAAAGUGUCUAGAUAAUUAUGUCUUGGAACUCGCAGACGGAAGUGGCAAUAGGUAUUACAUUCCGAACAAAAAUGGCUACCAAACAUUAGUUGUCAAACUGCGUCUCCCACAAAAUGUGAAAUGUCGUGACUGCACAUUUCAAUGGAAAUAUAAUGCGGGAAAUAGCUGGGGCGUUGAUUCAAGUGGUAGAGGAUGUUUGGGUUGUGGAAAUCAAGAACAAUUUUAUGGAUGUGCAGAUAUUGCAAUUGGGUACGAUGAUAUUGAAGAGGGUGACUCCUUAAUCACGGGAGAUAACUAUAAAAAGAAAAACUACAUUCCCCCUCCUCCUGUUAUCCAAGAAAAGGAACAAUCACAAGAAACAAAUACCAAUACAAAUACAAACUGGGACAAUGAUGACACACCGACUAGUUUUUGGGACUCUCUAGUAAGCCAUACAGAUAAGGGAGGUGAAGUGUCACUAUUAGAGGAAUUUAACAAACUACAACGAAAGUUCAAAAACAAAAACAUUAGGCCAUGCGUGUGUCAUAGCUGUGUAGGUAAUACUUGCGUGUGCGAAUGUCUCCCUAUGUCACGAGCAGACAGCUUUAUAUCCGACGGUGUCAGCUCUUGGCUUGUGUAUAUUUUAAGUGUUCUAUCAUGCUUAAUACCAAUUAUUUUGAUUUGAUUUAAUUCAAAUUAUUAUGUCUCAUCUUUUUUGUGACUUUAAAGUUACAAGAUACACGUCUGUGAUACAUAGCGUUUAUGAAAGACAAAAUUACACAAAGCGCUAUGCUUAAUUUUUUGUCUCAAAAUGCUGAACACAGUUUUUAGUGCCAUUAACAAUGAAGGAAUCCGUAGAUAGGAUUUGCUGCUACAUGCUCUUAUAUGCACAUUUCGAGUGGAGAAUGUGUUGCAAGACAAUUGAACACGGAGUUUAUAAAGGAACACAUUCUUUUACUGUUUUACAGUUUAUUUGACUUGUUUAAGCCCAAAAUAAAAGUGCUGAUAAAUCAUUUUGCUUUAGACUCAAUAAAAAUGAAUCUAUUA